CUUUCUCUACAGGUCAGACAGUGACUAUGACUUGUCACCAAAGGCGAUGUCGAGAAAUUCUUCACUUCCAAGCGAGCAACACGGCGAUGACUUGAUUGUAACGCCCUUUGCCCAGGUCCUCGCCAGCUUGCGAAGCGUGAGAAACAACUUCACUCUGCUGACAAACCUUCAUGGGACAUCCAACAAGAGGUCCCCAGCUGCCAGUCAGCCUCCUGUCUCCAGAGUCAACCUGCAAGAAGAAUCUUAUCAGAAAUUAGCAAUGGAAACGCUGGAGGAACUGGACUGGUGCUUAGACCAACUAGAGACCAUACAGACCUACCGCUCCGUCAGUGAGAUGGCUUCUAACAAGUUCAAAAGAAUGCUGAACCGGGAGCUGACACAUCUCUCAGAAAUGAGCCGAUCAGGGAACCAGGUGUCUGAAUACAUUUCAAAUACUUUCUUAGACAAGCAGAAUGAUGUGGAGAUUCCAUCUCCUACCCAGAAAGACAGAGAGAAAAAGAAAAAGCAACAGCUCAUGACACAGAUAAGUGGAGUGAAAAAACUGAUGCAUAGUUCAAGCUUAAACAAUACAAGCAUCUCACGCUUUGGAGUCAACACAGAAAAUGAAGAUCAUCUGGCCAAGGAGCUGGAAGACUUGAACAAAUGGGGCCUUAACAUCUUCAAUGUGGCUGGAUAUUCACACAAUAGGCCCCUAACAUGCAUCAUGUAUGCCAUUUUCCAGGAAAGAGACCUCCUAAAGACAUUCAAAAUCUCAUCGGAUACAUUUGUGACCUACAUGAUGACUUUAGAAGACCACUACCAUUCCGAUGUGGCCUAUCAUAACAGCCUGCACGCUGCUGAUGUAGCCCAGUCAACCCAUGUUCUUCUUUCUACUCCAGCAUUAGAUGCCGUCUUCACAGAUUUGGAAAUUCUGGCUGCCAUUUUUGCAGCUGCUAUCCAUGACGUUGAUCAUCCUGGAGUCUCCAAUCAGUUUCUUAUCAACACAAAUUCAGAGCUUGCUUUGAUGUAUAAUGAUGAGUCUGUGUUGGAAAACCAUCACCUUGCCGUGGGUUUCAAAUUGCUGCAGGAAGAACACUGUGACAUCUUCCAGAAUCUCACCAAGAAGCAACGCCAGACACUCAGGAAAAUGGUUAUCGACAUGGUGUUAGCAACUGAUAUGUCCAAACAUAUGAGCCUGCUGGCCGACCUGAAGACAAUGGUAGAAACCAAGAAAGUUACAAGCUCAGGCGUUCUUCUUCUGGACAACUAUACUGACCGUAUACAGGUCCUUCGAAACAUGGUACACUGUGCAGAUCUGAGCAACCCCACCAAGUUCUUGGAAUUAUAUCGGCAGUGGACAGACCGCAUCAUGGAGGAAUUUUUCCAGCAGGGAGACAAAGAGCGGGAGCGGGGAAUGGAGAUUAGCCCGAUGUGUGAUAAGCACACAGCUUCUGUGGAAAAAUCCCAGGUUGGUUUCAUUGACUACAUUGUCCAUCCACUGUGGGAGACCUGGGCGGAUCUGGUGCAGCCUGAUGCCCAGGACAUUCUGGACACAUUAGAAGAUAACAGGAACUGGUAUCAGAGCAUGAUACCCCAGAGUCCCUCCCCACCACUGGAUGAACAGAACAGAGACUGCCAGGGUCUGAUGGAGAAGUUUCAAUUUGAACUGACCCUCGAAGAGGAGGAUUCUGAGGGUCCUGAUAAAGAGGGAGAGGGCCACAACUAUUUCAGCAGCACAAAGACACUUUGUGUGAUCAGUCCUGAAAACAGGAAUUCCCUGGGAGAGACUGAUGUUGACACUGCGACAGAAGACAAGUCCCCAAUUGACACAUAAUCUCCCUCUCUGUGUAGAGAUGAACAUUCCACCCUUGAAAAGCAUGCCAGCUGUGUGGUAGGGCCGGCCCGUCACGGGGGCCAAGGCCUGCCCAGGACAAGGCCAAAAGGCUUUUCCAGUUACUUGAGUUUGGAGCCAGAAUGCAAGACCGUGAAGCAAAUAGCAGCUCAGGAAAUUCCACGGUUGACCUGUCUUGCUUGCAAGAGUAGUUGAGAGCUCAAGCUUUGUGUGGUACUGGAGGCCAAGUUCAGAUCAUGACUAAAUGGCUUGACAAUGGAAGACACAAAACUGAGAGAUUUUUCUGCACUAAGUUUCAAGAGUCCCUUCUGGUGACUGAACUGACUGACGAAUAACUUCAUUAUAAAUCUGCUCACCUGUCCUCUUGUCUGCCAACCUGUGUGCCUUUUUUGUAAAACAUUUUCAUGUCUUUAAAAUGCCUGUUGAAUACCUAGAGUUUAGUACCAACUUCUACACAGGUUAAGUAUUCAGAGUUGACAUAAACUUUUUUGAUUCUUUCUGGGGGGGAUAAAAAAGGAAAGAAUGGUCUUCCUUCUUUCUCGGGCAAUAUCUUUCACUGUACUACAGUCACUUUUGCAAAUAGAAAGGACACGCUUCUAACGGCAUUCUGCUUCCCUUCCCUGUCAUCCCAUCCGACCCCACAGUGGCCCUUCUAACAGAUCCCUGUUGGCUUGCCUCGAACACAUUUUUCUCCUCUACUCUAGAGUUCUUUUUUUUUUUUUUUGCUGUAAACAGAAUAAAGUUGCAUAAACUAAGGGGUAGGAAGGGGUAGUUGUGUUAUUCAUAGUAACAGUCUGUGUAAAAUUCAGCUUAAUUAGGCAGUCAGCCCUGUUGUGUCCUGAGCCCCUGCUGGGAGGGCACGGCCCCCAUCCUGUUCCCUCCCCCUCCCUUCGUCCUCACACCCAAUGUCACCGUUUUCAAAUUAAUGCUGCUCUCUUUCUCUUGCACUGCCUUCCGCACUAACACCUCCAUUUCUGUUUAUAACCGUGUAUUUAUUACUUAAUGUAUAUAAUGUAAUGUUUUGUAAGUUAUUAAUUUAUAUAUCUAACAUUGCCUGCCAAUGGUGGUGUUAAAUUUGUGUAGAAAACUCUGCCUAAGAGUUGCGACUUUUCUUGUAAUGUUUUGUAUUGUGCACUAUAUAACCUGAGCAUUGCUUAAAAGAGACACACGGCCCCCUCACCAGUGACGAUGUCAGAAACAUUUUCUUCAGAGAGCCUGCCCUUUCCCUGUCUGAGUUACUAACACUGCACCAACCCCUUUAUGAACCCGUUUUGGAAACAGGCUUCUCACAUUAGAUACUAAAUGGUUUAUACUGAGCUUUUACUUUUGUAGAGUUUAAUAGGGGUAGGGGGCAACGGGAUGUGGUUUUUACCCAUGUUCUAUCCAGAUCUGUGUAGGCAUGAGUUGGGUUAUAACUGGGUUCUAUUAAAAUUGUGGCUUCAGUUUAAAAAGCAACACUACAUUUGCUCACAGAUGUUUCUUCUGAGUAUUCCCAAACUACUGACUUUAAAGAGAAAGCCUCCUGCCUCCAUUAAGCAGGAAUGUCAUGUUCCAAUGAAUUACAAAAGAAAACAAUAAAACAAUGUGAAUUUUAUAAUAGAAUGUGAACUGAUAUAGUAAAUUACUCAAAUGUGAAGCUUCUGAUAACACUUGUUAGGCCUCUGUAAAAUAUAUUUCAUGCUUUUGGUUUGUCAUUGUAAGUCAAUAGUUAAAGAACUGGCACAAAUGUGCAUGACCAAUGGGUUUGUAUGUCUAUGAACACUGCAUUAUUUCAGGUGGACAUUUUAUUGUUUUCAAAAGUUUCUCACCAUGUAUGUUAUAGUAUUAUUAUUAUUAUUAUUAUUAUUAUUAUUAUUAUAUUGUGGUCAAAUGCAUUCUUAAGAGACUUUUCUAUGAGGUGAAUAAACAAAAGCAUGACUA